AUGGCACAACGCCCCAACGAAAACGUCUACUUCGCCCGCUCACCCAUCUGCGACGCCGCCUCCUCCGGCAGCGGCAAAGGCCUAUUCGCCAACCGCGCUUUCGCUCCCGGCGACGCGAUAAGCGUGAUCGAAAGACCGCUCGGGACAUCGCUGGACGUCUCACGGUUGGAAGAUACGUGUUCGAAUUGCUUCCUGUGGACGACGAUGCCGCAUGCCGACCACGGCGAGGCGCUCGGGGCGAGGCUUUAUGUGCCCGAGGAUGCGAGGGUGGAUGUGUGCACGGGGUGUCGGAGUGUGAGGUAUUGUGGGAAGAAAUGCCAAACUGCCGCCUGGAAAAGAGGUCACAAGUACGAAUGCAAGGUACUGAAGUCAAUCAACAGCAUGCCCGGGAGGUCACUUCCCAAGGCCGUAUUCGCGAUCAUCGACAUGCUGAGCAGGCGGAAGAACGGCCUCAUUGACGAUCGGACGUGGGCGAUGCUGUGUGAGCUCGAUGGGCACGUGGACCAUUUCAGGAUGUCGGAGGUGUGGAGUGAUAUCGAGCUCAUGGCGACGGGGGCGCUGCAUUACUCGGGGACUGGGAACACGUUUGACAGAGAUUUUGUGAUUAGCAUGCUUGGGAGGGUGCUGGCGAAUAGUUUGACGAUUAUCACGCCCUCGCUGGAUCCUAUGGGAAUCAUGAUCGAUCCACACCUGUGCCGGAUCAACCAUUCGUGCGACCCCAAUGCAUUCAUCAUGAUGGACGGCCCGCAGGUUUCGAUCCGCCCGCUCCGAGAGAUCAAAAAGGACGAGGAAGUCUUGAUUUCAUAUUGCGAUACUACGCUCCCUUACGCACGCCGUCAGCUGGAUCUUCAGACUAGAUGGUUUUUCACCUGCAAAUGUAGCAAGUGUAAAUUGGGCACGACAGCGCCAGAAGACGAAUGGAAAACACCACCCAAGGACCUGGCUCCGGAAUGGAAGGCGAAAGCGAAAGAAAUGAGCGGGAGGCAAGCUCUGCUCGACGACCCUGCGAACUACGUCGGGCCAUCGGCGGACGAGAAGCAUGUUGCGGUGCUCCAGGGGAAGGCCUUCGAGUGCCACCGAGAAGCACAAUUGCAAGAAAGAUUUCCAGAUUCUCUGCGGAUUCUGAAAGAAGGCAUGUCGAUCUGUAGCCAGACCAAACUCUGGCCAAUCCAUCGUCAACCGUAUCCCUCGCUACGAGAUGACUGCAUCUACGCUUUGCUCGAGCUGCAGAAGUAUCGAGAAGCGUUUACGCAGUCUUUCGUGCGUUAUCGAUAUGUCAUGCCUAAGCUUCAACGGACGAGUUUUCAUCCCGCUCGCGUGACGCAGACGUGGAGUACGGCCAUGCUUGCGUUUUAUUUUUCACAGGAGGCGCCGAUCAUACCUGGCGUGGAGAUGCCUCUGGUUGCACUCAUGCUCAUGCGGGAGACCGCUGGGCUGUGUGAGAAAAGUCAUGGUGGGAAGAAUACUUUCACGAUCAGUGUAAAGAAGAAGCUUAGGGAGGUGGAAAGCGCAUUGUGUGCAGUACUUGGUGUGGAUGAUCCGACAAUCAUAACCACGGAGGGAUCUGAGCAAAUGGACAUUCUCGAGGAGAAGAUUCCGUUUAAUGAUGAUCUGGAUGUUGGACUAGAGGCGAUUGUUCGGUGA